AUGAGAGCAGGACACUACGAUACAUUUGCGACUGCGACUGCGACUGCGACUGCUGUCUUCCUCUCACCUCGGGAGCCGCGGCCAGUUGGCUCGCCGACUCGCUGGGGCGCCCUCGCCUGCGCCUCAGCCCCUCUUGUCGGCGAGGAUAUAUCGCUCUUUCUUGCUCGAGGCUCGCUGAUGAGGUCGAAACGAAAGACGACCCCCGCAAGAACAGGGACCCCCGAACUCUCCAGCACGCUCUCCGAAAGUCCUGGCUAG